CUGAGAUAGGUAUGUAGGUAAAGAAAAAUUCUCUAGAAUACAGGCGAUCUGAGCUGUAGUUGACAGUGGUAUCUAUGUAGUGCUUUGAAUUUCUCUGAUGAAAAGAGAACAGAGCCCUGAAGAUAUGAGAAGUCGGACUAGCUGGGUUUUUCUUUUGUCAUGCCACGCCUCUCGUGUAGCACUGGCGCCGGCCGCUAAAAAAGAGCCCUGAAGAUAGUCCUGCCAAUGCGUGAUGUAGUUUUUUAAGAAUGGCUGCUGGAAGCCGCGCAAUUAAGCGAAAACUUUCGACGGUGGAUACGCGCUGUGACCGAGAAUUUUCUGACUCUGAAGUAAGCGCAGUGUAGUUUAGGACACAUUUUUCGGCAGCUGAUUGGUCUGCGCGUGAGUUUAUCCUCCGCAGACUCCGCUAGCGAGCAUUGCGCGUUUUGCAAAAUUCUGUUCUACGUCUGUGGGAAUGGAAAACUUCCGCACCGGAGUCGGGGUCGACUUGAUCGUGACUGCAAUUUAGAGAGCGUGAGUAGAAAGUAUUUGGGUCGAUAUUCGUCGUGUCGUCGAGAGAAAAAUAAGUCAGGGAAGGAUUCGAUCUUCGUAAAGGGGACAGCACCCGACCUGGGGGAUACAUACAUUGUGCUUUGAGAAAUAGACAUACUGUCGCUUCGCAUCAAAACAAUCCUACCAACAGGACCACACUCGAUAAAUUGAGUUAUCGCAUUCGUCGCCUUUUACUGCUAUCGUAGAGUGCGUAAGGGAGAAGCAGGAAAGUAUACGAACACUCGUCGUAUGUGUAUGAAUCCGUAAACCUCAUGCAAUGAUACUUACCAUACGAGUAGCAGACUGGGUUCUUGUAGCGUUUGCGCGCGCGUUGGCAAAAGUGCCGUAGAAAGGUCUGUACUCGUAGGUAUCGAUCGAUCGAGAGGAAAGCCUUUGCGCGGCCUUUUCGAUUUUCUACCAACACAGGAUGGGCGGAGUUUGUUGCUGUUUCGUGCCGGAUGACGCUCCGGACGAGAUGACAAACCUGUACACGGACAAGAGAGGUAAUUUAGGCACAUAGUGCGAUAGGUUUUGUGCGCGGAUGCCUACUUACCAAAGUGAUCGACAUGAUAGGUGGAUGUCCCCUUUUUGUUUGGAAUGGUGCAUGACCAGGUAGUACUGAUGUUUGCACACGAACAAAAAUACAGGUGCGGGAUUUGGGAAAAUGAUGAAAGAAGAAUAUGAGACCGUGGAGACGGGCUACACAAAGGAAGAGUACGACAUGGGCUUGGAUGAGGUAUUCGCUUUACUGCGUUUCCACAAUCGAUCAUCACGCAUUUGUUCAGUUUUAUCUUGUAGUGCAUGAGAUCAGUAGGAGGAGACAUCGAUAUCGAAGGAACAAGCUUCGAUAAUAUGCAACAUCGCAUAAAACAAAUCAACAAAAACAGCAAUCCGAGACGGUGUGGCAAGUCGGGGCGACGUACGCGUGACACUGCGCGCAUUUCACCGUAGUUGUGGGAUGUGCUACUUUAUUCCCUCGAAAAGAGUAUAAAAAUUGGACUUGAGACUUUCUGUAUCAAACCGGUUCUUUUGUACAAAUAUUUUUCUCUUACGACUGUACCAAAAAUGCCAAAUUAAAGGCGCCUUCGCUUUAUUUCCAAUCUGUGCUUGAAUUGGCUAUCUACUCGCAGUCUAUCCUACAAAACUAGUUUCAUCUUGGCAAUGACAAGCGCAUCUUCGCAGUUGAUUUAGUGAUGCGACUGGUACUACCGACAGGCUACGGGCAUUGGUUUGUCAGGAAUACCGGUCCUAGCAAAAUUGAUUGUUUUCGGCACUUUCCUUUUCCUAUGUAUGUACAAGUAUUCCGCGAAAACAAAAUUAGAUAAACGUAUCCAAGAUAAAAAUGUAAAACUCUCGAGAGCAUGAGCAAAACGCGCACCCUCUUGCUUUAGAUUGAUGGAACAACUGCUCACUGCCUCACCGCUUGUUGUCCAAGUAGCGACGACUACCGCAUCCGAGCUGACACAGUGUCGUGUGUGGCCUCUCUCCUAUUGUUCGUAGGACCAACUCUCUCUCGCUGCGUAAUCGUAUAACUCUCAUUCUCAAUGUCGCUCGUGCUCAAAAUAUACUGUGAAUAGGCCGUGCCGUUUUUGUCGUUGGCUGCUUUCCAUGAAUGGAUGAGAGGGCUGUAGAAGAGAAAGUCGUCG